AUGGCAGAGAAAUUUGAAAGUCUCAUGAAUAUUCAUGGUUUUGAUCUGGGCUCUGGUACGUAUAUGGAUUUAAAACCAUUGGGUUGUGGAGGCAAUGGCUUGAUUUUUUCUGCUGUAGACAAUGACUAUGACAAAAGAGUAGCCAUCAAGAAAACUGUCCUUACUGAUCCCCAGAGUGUCAAACAUGCUCUACGUGAAAUCAAAAUUAUUAGAAGACUUGACCAUGAUAACAUUGUGAAAGUGUUUGAAAUUCUUGGUCCUAGUGGAAGCCAGUUGACAGACGAUGUGGGCUCUCUCACUGAACUGAACAGUGUUUACAUUGUUCAGGAGUACAUGGAGACAGACUUGGCUAAUGUGCUGGAGCAGAGCCCUUUACUGGAAGAGCAUGCCCGGCUUUUCAUGUAUCAGCUGCUACGUGGGCUCAAAUAUAUUCACUCUGCAAAUGUACUGCACAGAGAUCUCAAACCAGCUAAUCUUUUUAUUAAUACUAGUGAAGACUUGCUGCUGAAGAUAGGUGACUUUGGUCUUGCGCGGAUCAUGGAUCCCCAUUAUUCCCAUAAGGGUCAUCUUUCUGAAGGAUUGGUUACUAAAUCGUACAGAUUUCCACAUCUUUUACUUUCUCCUAAUAAUUAUACUAAAACCAUUGACAUGUGGGCUGCAGGCUGCAUCUUUGCUGAAAUGCUGACUGGUAAAACCCUCUUUGCAGGUGCACAUGAACUUGAACAGAUGCAUCUGAUUUUAGAAUCUGUACCUGUUGUUCAUGAGGAAGACUGUCAGGAGCUUCUCAGUGUAAUUCCAGUUUACAUUAGAAAUGAUAUGACUGAGCCACACAAACCUUUAACUCAGCUGCUUCCAGGAAUUAGUCGAGAAGCACUGGAUUUCCUGGAACAAAUUUUGACAUUUAGCCCCAUGGAUUGGUUGAUAGCAGAAGAAGCGUUUUGCCAUCCUUACAUGAGUAUAUAUUCUUUUGCAACGGAUGAGCCAAUUUCCAGUCAUCCUUUUCAUAUUGAAGAUGAAGUUGAUGAUAUUUUGCUUAUAGAUGAAACCAGUCACAUUUAUAACUGGGAAAGGUACCAUGAUUGUCAGUUUUCAGAGCUUGAUUGGCCUAUACAUAACAACUUUGAUAUUGAUGAAGUUCAGCAUGACCCAAGAGUUCUGUCUGAUGUCACUGAUGAAGAAGAAGUACAAGUUGAUCCUCGAAAAUAUUUGGAUGGAGAUCGUGAAAAGUAUUUGGAGGAUCCUGCUUUUGAUACCAAUUACUCCACUGAGCCUUGUUGGCAAUACUCAGAUCAUCAUGAAAACAAGUAUUGUGAUCUGGAGUGUAGCCAUACUUGUAACUACAAAAUGAGGUCAUCAUCAUAUUUAGAUAACUUAGUGUGGAGAGAGAGUGAAGUUAACCAUUACUAUGAACCCAAGCUUAUUAUAGAUCUUUCCAAUUGGAAAGAACAAAGCAAAGAAAAAUCUGAUAAAAAAGGCAAGUCAAAAUGUGAAAGGAAUGGAUUGGUUAAAGCCCAGAUAGCUCUAGGGGAAGCAUCACAGCAACUGGCUGAAAAAGAAAGGGAAAGGAACCAGGGAUUUGACUCCGAUUCCUUUAUUGCAGGAACUAUUUAACUUAGUUCACAACAUGAGCCUACUGAUGUUGUUGAUAAAUUAAAUGACUCGAAUAGCUCAGUGUCCCAACUUGAAUUGAAAAGUUUGAUAUCAAAGUCAGUAAGCUGAGAAAAACAGGAAAAAGGAAUGGCAAAUUUGGCUCAAUUAGAAGCCUUGUACCAAUCUUCUUGGGAUAGCCAGUUUGUGGGUAGUGGGGAGGAAUAUUUUCUCAUAAAUCAGUUUUGUUGUGAGGUAAGGAAGGAUGAACAAAUUGAGAAGGAAAACACUUACACCAGUUAUUUGGACAAGUUCUUUAGUAGGAAAGAAGAUACUGAAAUGCUACACACUGAGCCUGUAGAAGAUGGGAAGCUUGGGGAGAGAGGAAAUGAGGAAGGAUUUCUGAAUAACAGUGGUGAGUUCCUCUUUAACAAGCAGCUUGAAUCCAUAGGCAUCCCGCAGUUUCACAGUCCAGGUGGGUCACCACUUAAGUCAAUACAGGCCACAUUAACACCUUCUGCUAUGAAAUCUUCCCCUCAGAUUCCUCAUAAAACAUACAGCAGCAUUCUGAAACAUGUGAACUAA